AUGGCACCACCAACAAAAGAAUUAACAAAUAAAGAGAUUACAGCAAUCAAGGGUAUUUCAAAAUUAUUUGAUGAUAAGAAAUACAGUAAAGGUUUAAAAGAGUGUAAUGCAAUUUUAAAGAAUCAUCCAGAAAAUCCAGAUGCAUCAUGUUUUAAGAGUUUGAUUUUAUACAAUUUAGAACAACAAUAUGAAGCACGUGAAAAUGCAAUCAAAACCACCAAAACCUUACCAACCAACUCAAUGGCAUGGCAUACAUUAGGUUACAUUUAUAAAUUGGAUAAGAACUAUCUCGAUGCAACUACAGCCUUUAAAAAUGCUUCAAAAUUCAAUAAAGAAAGUUCACAAAUCUUAAAAGAAUUAGCACCACUUCAAUUAUAUUCAAGAGAUUUAGAAGGUUUAAAGGAAACGUAUGCAACAUUAUUAAAAUUACAACCAACUCAUAAACCACAUUGGACAGGAUUAGUGACUACAUAUCAAUUAAUGGGACAAACUAAAUCAGCAUUAUCAGUAUUUGAAAGAUAUUUAGAUACACUCGAAGAGAAAGAUUUAGUUGGUGUUAAAAAGACUGAAUCACUUCUCUACAGAGUUAUGCUUAACUUUGAAUUGGAAGAAUAUGAUCAAGCUCUUGAUAUUUUAGUAAAGAAUGAAAAAACAAUAAUAGAUAAACUUUGGGCAAUGUCAAAACAUGGUGAUAUUCUCUUAAAGAAGGGUGAACUCUCUGCAGCUGAAGCUAAAUUUAAAGAUUUAAUUAAAUUAAAUCAAGAUGAUUUAAAUGUUCACAAAAAACUUUGGGAAUCAAAAAAUAUUAGAUCUUUAGAUAAUUUAAGUGAUGAAGAAAUUUCAACAUUAGAUUCAUUAUAUAAAGAAUUAAGUUCAUUAUAUCCAAAGAGUUUAUUAAUUCAAAAGAUACCAUUAUUAUUUUUAAAGGAUAAACAACAAUUUAGAGAACAUGCAGUAUUAUACACAAAGAAUUUCCUUAGCAAAGGUAUUCCAUCAUUAUUCAACAAUCUCAAAUGUUUAUACAAUAAUAAAGAGAAAGUUGAAAUUUUAUCUCAAUUAUUUUUAGAUCAAUUAAAUUCACUCAAAGAGAAACAACAAUUAUUAGGUUCCGAUGAAAAAGAAUCACCAUCAACUGUCUUAUGGUGUCUUUAUUAUUUAGCUCAACAUUUCGAUAGAAUUAAUGAUUAUUCAACUUCUUUAUCUUAUAUUAAUCAAGCAAUUGAACAUACUCCAACUUGUUUAGAUUUAUAUGUUGUUAAAGCUAAAUUAUAUAAACAUCAAGGUGAUUUACAAAAAGCUUAUGAAGAAUAUGAUAGAGCUCGUAAUUUAGAUUUAGCAGAUAGAUAUUUAAAUACUAAAUGUGCAUUAUAUGCCCUUAGAAAUAAUGAUCCAGAUACAGCUGAAGCAAUCUUUUCAUUGAUUAAGGAUGAAACUCAAACACUUUUAUUCAACAUUCAAGAAUUCCAAUGUAUUUGGUAUGAAAGAGAAUUGGGUAAAACUUAUUUAAGAGCUGGUGAUAAUGCUAGAGCAAUUAAAUUAUUCAAUUUUGUUGAUAAAAAUCAUCUUGAAUACCUUGAAGAUCAAAUGGAUUUCCAUAAUCAUAUUAAUAAGAAAUUAACAAUGAGAUCAUAUAUUGAAUUUUUAAGAUGGGAAGAUCAAGUUUAUCAAAAUAAACCAUACAUUGCCACUGGAAAAGCACAUGUUAAAGCAUACCUUAAUCAUCAAAAUAAACCAGAAGUUAUGGCACCAUUGAAAAAAGUACCAGCAAUUAAGAAACCAGCACCAAAACCAUCUCAAUUGGAACCAAAGAAAGAUCCAAACACUGGUCUCACCAUUCCAGAGGAUGACGAUUUGAAUGGUAAAAAGUUCUUGGUUAAACAAGUUAAUCUCAUGGAUUCAGCUCAACUCAUUUUAGAUAAUCUCUUGAAAAAUACAAAUGAUAUUGAAAUUUAUUCAUUAGCUUGCCAAGUUAAUACACAUCAAAAGAAAUAUUUAUUAGUAUUAAAAUCAUUGGUUAAAAUUAAAUCAAUUAAUGAAAAUAGUCCAUGUUAUUAUGAAAAUUUAGUUGAUUUAAUGAUUAAAGUAUCAGAAGAUAAAGAGGUAUCAGCAAUUGUUAAAGCAGCAGUUGAAAAACAAGCAGGUUUUUCAUCAGAUGUUGAAUCAAUUUUAGCAAACAACCAAACUUAUCUCGAAAAACUUGGUGACAAUGUUACCGCUCAACAUCGUUUCGUUGUUGGUAAAAUCAUUGCCAAACUUUCACCAUCAUCACUUGAUAAAGCAUCAGAAUUGAUUUUGAAUGUUCAAGGUGAAACAAGUUGGAAACAAUGCGCUGACAACCUUCAAUCUCUUUCUCUUGUAUCUUCCGAACUCACUUCUAAAUACAGAGAAAAAUUACACGAACAUUUCCCAAUUGCUAACUAUUUCCAACCAAAAGUUGAAAAUUAA